UGUCGUGAACAUCUAACAGAAGUUGAGAGAUUUAAACGACAAGUAAGAUCCGCUGCCUGUCUAUAUUCUGCGGUCAACGCGUGCAGUAGUAAAAUGGCUGCCGAGAAACGUCAAUACAUUUUAUAUCAAUAACAGCCUAUAUACUUUUGUAAAUAAUCGUGGUAAGGAGGGUCGCAAUAAAACGGAUGCCGUUCAAUUGAUAUUUUUAGUUUUUUUUUUUCAUAAUCGUGUGUAUGAAGGAGUGCGUGUGAAUCGAAAAUGGCAGAAUUUGUGCGCGGAGGCCCGAGCGUGUCGAACAGUGCUAAGAUGGAUCAUAAUAGCAAAGGAGGGUCCCCCAGCACUGGUAGUGAAGAUGGUGGACAGAAUGAAUCUAUGAAUGCAGAAAAUGAGUUUGAUCCUUUUCUUGAGAAUAUACCAGAUGAUAUUCAAGAUACUGAAGAACCUGAUAGCACCAAUGCAACAUUGUUAACUGCCCCUCCUGAAAAUCAGUGGUAUCAUGGUAGAUUAGAUAGAUUUACUGCAGAAGAAAGACUGUGGGAUGCAAGUAAAAUGGGUAGUUAUCUAGUGCGUGAAAGUGAUAGGAAGCCCGGAAGUUACGUAUUGUCCUAUUUGGGCAGAACUGGCAUUAAUCAUUUUAGAAUUACAGCUGUGUGUGGAGAUUAUUAUAUUGGAGGCAGACAGUUCAAUAGCUUGUCAGACCUUGUUGCAUAUUAUACUCAUUGCUCGGAUCUUUUAAAGAGAGAAAGACUUAUACACCCUACUCCACCCCCUGAACCAGUGAAUGAUAAGAAACGAAUAGUUGCAAUAUUACCAUAUACAAAAAUGCCCGACACAGAUGAGUUAAGCUUCCAAAAGGGUGACAUAUUUUUUGUGCACAAUGAUAUGGGAGAUGGUUGGCUAUGGGUUACUGCUCACAGAACGGGUGAACAGGGCUUAAUCUUCCGCGAAUUAGUGGAGGAUUUGGAUGAUUCCAUUGAUCCUAAUACUGUCUUCUCUUGGUUCCAUCCUAAUGUCACCAAAAGUGAAGCUGUUGAUAUGUUAGUGAAAGCAGGACCUGGUAGUUUCUUGGUCAGGCCUUCAGACAACAGUCCAGGAGAUUAUUCACUUUUCUUUCAUAUAAACAACCAAAUUCAGAGAUUUAGGAUCGAAAAAAAAGGAGUCCGCUAUUUAAUGGGUGGUAGAACAUUCGAAUGUCUCGAUGCUGUUAUAAAUAGAUAUCGGAAAGAGCAAAUAGUCGAAGGUCAUACUUUAGUUCAAGCAAUGGUGACUGAACCUGAUGGUAGUGUAAGGGUUAAUAGAGAGGUACAACAUGCGGAAAAGAUAUAUGCAACUCUUAGAGAGUGUCGUGAACAAUCUGGCGCAAAGAAAAAUAAAGGAAUUAAAAUGCAAGGAUAUUUAGAAAAGAAAUCAGAAAAAAAUAAAAAGUGGAAAGCGUUGUAUUUUGUACUUUUAGUAGAUGCUACUGAUACUCAUUUGUAUUUAUAUGACAAUCCAAAAAGGACCAAACCGAAAGGUCUUAUUGAUUUAAGCUGUGCUUAUUUAUACCAGGUUCAUGAAAGCGUGUUCGAUAGGCCUCAUUGCUUUCAAUUAGUUGAACGUGCUUUACCAUGUUUGGCCACGAUAACGUAUUUGGCUGCCCCAAAUUCAGAGAAUGCUUUAGACUGGAUUAAUGCCUUGAAACCAUUAUGUGUAUCACAACUUACCCGUGCUCCGAAGGUUGCUCGCCUUCGUGAAUUGCGUUCAUUACAUCUGCAUAUAUUAGACGCACAUAGACUUCCAUAUAAAUUAGUACCAAACCCAUUCAUCAUAGUGGCCCUAAACAAUGUAAAAGUUGCUCGCACAAAAGUUAAGACUGGAUUACAUCCAAUUUGGGAUGAAGAAUUCAUUUUAGAGGAUGUACCACCGGAUGUUAUGUCAUUUUCUUUAACAUUGUACAAUAAAGGGAAACGUAGUAAGGAUACAGAAGUGGCAGAAUUAACCGUCGAAUUAGCAAGUUUGACGAAUGGAGAAGAAAUGGAUGAAUGGUAUCCGUUGUCAGGACUUACUCCUAUAGGUGAAUGGGGUGUACUCCGUUUACGAAUAAGAUAUCGGCACGAUCUAGCGAUGCCACCGGAAGAAUAUAGUCCGCUACAACAGUUGCUAUUGGAUCCAGAACUGCAUGUUGUUAGGGCAUUAGCGGAUGUGUGCCACUUGGACAGAGUACCAUUGGCAAAUAGUUUACUUAGAAUAUUUAGGCACGAAAGAAAAGAAGCAGACCUCUUACGAUCGCUAAAUCAAGCAGAAGUGGAUAAGGAAGAUGAAACACCAACGCUGUUUAGAGCUGCCAGCCUUACGACUACUUUAAUGGAUUUAUAUAUGAAAUCAGUUUGUACCUCGUUUUUGAAAGCUGCGUUACGCGACACUAUAGUAAAAUUGAUUGAAAGUAAACAGAGCUGUGAAUUAAAUCCAACAAAAAUGGAUUCUCCAGAAGAUGCAUGCAGUAAUGCAGAGUUUUUACUGCAGGUUUUAGACGAAGUGACAUUGAGCAUUUUUACAAGUCCGGAUGCGUGUCCAAGGACUUUGAGAUAUAUUUGUGGAUGUCUGCAAAGAGCAGUUGUUGCCAAAUGGCCACACGAAAGACUAGUCAGAACGCGAGUAGUCAGUGGAUUUAUAUUUUUACGCCUGCUCUGCCCUGCCAUAUUGAAUCCUAGGUCAUUUAAUUUAAUAGCUGAACCACCACCUCCAGCAGCUGCAAGGUCGUUAGUAAUGGUUGCAAAAUGUUUACAAAAUUUGGCUAAUUUGGUAGAAUUUGGCGGUAAAGAACCGUAUAUGGAAGUAGUCAAUCCAUUUAUUCUUAAAAACAAAGAGAGAAUGGUUGUUUUUCUGGAUCAAUUAUCUAACGUAACCGAGAAACCAGAAUCCGAAGGUGCAGAUCCAAGGAACAGGAGUUGCGUUUCAGAUACAGCAAGGGAUUUGGCAACGCUACAUCACAUUUGCGUUUCUCAUUUGAAAGAACUUCAAGUUCUGUCGAAAACACAGCCGACGAUAAAGCAAUUAGUGACCGUGACUGAAAUGUUAAGCAAACAUAAACAAAAGUACAUGGAAAUGAUACGGUAGUGCUAAAGCCACACGCCAUGAACAAUGCCAAACGUAACAAAACAAUUCAUAAGAUUUGACGACAGAUACACGGUAGUAUUUAAUAAUUACUCUUAAGUGGUUUAAGUAAUUAAACGUACAGACUGACGUGCCAUAUAUAUAUACACACACACGCGCGCGCACACACACGUGCAUAUACACACUGUAUACACACAAGCCUACAUUUACCAUUUCGUAUGUAAUUAGAAGAUAGCUUAUACGUAUAGUAAACAGUACCA